AAGAACUGUUUGUCCAUGUUGGGAAAGACCAGCAUUCCCUUUGCGGCGUGGGUGCACCGCUUGGCCUCUAGGGGGCGCUGGUGGCGUCCGUGGGCCCGGGAAGCCCAGGCGGGGCUCCUGGGCUGUGGCGUCCCGCGGCGUCCUGGGCCUCACCCGACCUCCUCUCCACGGGACAGGAGGUUCCCCCUGGAGGACAUUCCCGUGGAUGAGAAGGGCGCGGCGCAGUGGCUCCACAAGCUGUACCAGGAGAAGGACGCGCUGCAGGAGAUGUACAAGGAGAAGGGCGAGUUCCCGGGGGAGCGGAUCAAGCCCGCGCGCAGGCCCUGGACCCUCCUCAACUUCCUGUGCUGGGCCGCCGUGCUCCUCUCCCUCCUCUUCAGCUUUGUCCUGGGCAUCUUUGCCAGUGGCUCCCCGCUGCUGAUCCUGACGUUCCUGGGCUUUGUGGGUGCAGCUGCCUUUGGACUCCGGAGACUGAUAGGAGUAACUGAAAUAGGGAAAGGCUCCAGCUACGGAAACCAAGAGUUGAAGAAAAAGGAAUAAUUAAUGGCUGUGAUUGAACGCACGUAACCUGCCGUGGUAUCCGAUUAACUCAAUCCAAGCAACACACGCAGAGCGAGGGGAGAGAGACACUUAGAAACUAUUUUUCUUAUUAACUGGUGACUAAUAUUAACAAAUGAAACUUGAGCCGAGAGCGGAGAUGUCAGAAGGCCUGCCAGGUGAAGACGGCCAGCCCGGGCGCGGGGGCCCCCUCCGCCCGGCGCCCACACGAGACGGGCUGGGCGGGAGGCGCCCGGGCCCCGGGAGCGCCGGCGCCAGCUCUCCAAAGCACGGCUUCCCACGCGGGGCCUCGGGCUGCUCCCCCUUAGUCCGCGUAGGUGGGGGGUUUUGUUUUCCAUCAGUUAGCAGUUUGACCCGGCCUCCUCCCUCCCGCCCUGUGCCCCCAGAAUGCCAGCUCUUCAACCAUUCCCGCUGUCCCAGGAGUGGGGCGCCGGGCCCUGGAGAGCUCCUGCGGCACCUCGCUUCUAGCCCGGGGGGUGGGGGGACACCAAGGUGAUAAGCACAUACCCCAUGUCAAUCAGCCUGACCCGGCAGGCCCCCCCCCCCCCCGCUUCACCUGCCCCGGUCCCUUUAGCCUGUGUGUAAAGACCUUGGAUUUAUUUUUAAAGCGAAUGGCCCCAA